AUGGCUGGCGCUGGGCGGCGCCGCCCCCUCAACCGCCUAGCCUGGAUCCGCUGCCGUACCUGGUCGAAGCAGCGCGGCGCAAAGUUGGGAGGCAGCAGCAGCGAAAGCGAUGGGAACCCCGAGCCCGUUGUCAAGCCGGUGGUCCACGACGGCGAUGUGGCCUCCAAGCAUGCCCUGAAGCUGGGGGGCGACGACGACGGCGGGACAUGCUCCCCCAAGUUAGGGAGCAGCGGCCACAAUGUUAGUCCGAAGCGUGCCAUCGAGGUUGAAGACGGAGGCGACGGCGGCAGCUGCAGUCCCAACAUGGGUACCUGUGGCUGCGAUGGGAGCCAGAAGCACCUCCAUCCUCCGGUGGUGCGUUCAAAUCCAGAAGGAGCUUGUCCAUGUGAACGACCGGUGAAUGUUUGA